AUGCUUGCCCAGGCCGCGCAGACGGUUGGGGUUGCCGAGUCCCUGACCGCUGGCGGCGUGAUGGCAACACUCACCUCUGUCCCCGGUGCAAGUGCUGCAUUCCAUGGUGGCGUCGUAUCCUACGCGGCACCCCUCAAGCAACAGCUUUUAGGCGUGGAUGCAGGCCUGAUCAGCACUAUGGGUGUUAUCCACGCCGAUGUUGCAACACUGAUGGCGGAAGGCGCUCGCAAAAUCACAACUUAUGACAGCAAACCAACGACAUGGGGGAUUGGGACAACGGGUCUCGCUGGUCCCACAUCUCAGGAUGGAAAACCUGUCGGUACAGUGUAUAUCGGCAUUGCCUCGCCUACGGGAAGUAGGGUUUGGGGUCCGUUCAGUUUCCCAGGGACUCGUGAACAUAUUCGUGAGGCUACUAUCUUGGAAGCUUUGUCUCGUUUGCGUGAGGAGUUGGUCGAUUAUCAAGGUUGUGCGAAAAAUUAA